GUUUUAAGCUCCACGCCAGUGAUUAGCCAAUAGGGUUAUGGGGCAUUGCGAUUACCUGUGCUAUGGGCAUGCCGAUUGGUGGAGAGGCCAGAUGAGCCGGGACUAAUCCCCUGAGGGACAGAUGGUGGUCAGGGCUUACGGCACCUGUAGGCUGGUCUCAGUGGGAGCCUCAGCACCCUGAUUAGCCUGGCUGAGAAGAGUGGGGAACACACAGAAAUAUCUUCAAAAUUGUCUUUUCUAAGGGAAAAGGAAGAAGUUGUUAAGACUGUCCGGUCUGCAGGUUUCUGGAAACAUGUCGGUGGUGGUGAGCAUGUGGCUGAGAGCCGUGGCUGCGACUGCACUGUCUCUCCUGCUGACUGCGCAGCACCUGCAUGCGUCUGCACUGUCUGCCGUCUCCUCCUAUGAGUUCAAAGGAUUCAGGAUGCAACAGUACCUGCUGCAGCAGGACAGACAUGGUUGCCGUGGAGCCAUAGUGAUGGCUGAGGCGCGCUCGUCUGACCACCCGGCCCUGACGCGGCGCUGUGUGAUCAUGAAGCUGCCGGACUUCACGCUGGACCGCUACGAGGAGGCUCAGAGGCAGAACGCAGCGGCCGUAUUGAUCCUGUUGCCCAGCAACCUGUCUUCUGUGCCACAGGAGGUUAUACAGAGCUUUAUGGAGACUGAGGCAGAGGUGUUGCAGAGGGACGCCAUGAUGCCCUUGUACGUGGUGCCAGAGGACGAGCAGCUGCUCCACGUGUACGAGGAGGUGAAGCAGGACGCAGCCACCAGGGCCUCCUCCAUCCUGGUCAGAGUUCUGCGGAGCAUGGUGACUGCCACUGCAUUUCAGAUUUUAGUGAGCAACAGCAGCCCAAUCAAGCCCUUCACUGACAACACCAUCAUCACACUGGAGGGAGUUUUGCCUGGAGUGGGAGAGGACCCCCAGACUAUUGUCAUCACUGCCCAUUACGACUCCUUUGGGCUAGCACCGGUAAGUUCUGUUAGCACUGGAGGGGUGUACUCUGUGUAUCGACUAAGUGGACUAGGUUAUGAGAACUGUGUUUAAAGGAAGGAUUAAAACACCAUGAGACAAUUUAAUUGUUUUAGCGCUAUAUAAAUAAAAUUGAAUUGAAUUGAAUUGUUUAAAGAGAGGAUUAAAACACAAGGGGUUUGGAGGGUUGUACUCUCUGUAUGGACUAGGUGGGCUAGGUCAUUUAAGAGGACUGUAUUUAAAGGGAGGAUUAAAACACCAGGGUUUGGGAUUGAGAAGUGCAAGAGACUAAAACAGGCAGGCAGUGAAUCCACAGUGGGAUCAUGAGGUAAUUUGUUAAUUCUGUUUUAAGAAAUAAGUUUCUUUCAAUAUGAACACUCUUCCUUAGAGUCUGCUCACCACACUAAUGAAAGGACUCUGCCUGUAUGACAACAUUUUGUUGAUUUUAUCCAUUCAAUCACAAAAUGGUUCCUCUGUAUAAAAAGAGUGUGACUGUCCCUGUCCUGUGCAGGAACUAUCUGAUAUAAGCGCCAGGUUAGGCUGUGCAGGAACUCUCUGAUAUAAGCGCCAGGUUAGGCUGUGCAGGAACUCUCUGAAAGUAGCGCCAGGUUAGGCGGUGCAGGAACUCUCUGAUAUUAGCGCCAGAUUAGGCUGUGCAGGAACUCUCUGAUAUU